AUGUCUACUAACAAGAUCUCUUUUCUAUUGAAUUGGCAACCAACUCCCUAUCACAUUCCAAUCUUUUUGGCGCUUACCAAGGGUUACUUUAAGGAACAAGGCCUAGACAUAGCCGUUUUGGAACCUACUAACCCUUCUGACGUUACUGAGUUGAUUGGGUCCGGUAAGGUCGAUAUGGGCUUAAAGGCCAUGAUCCAUACCCUUGCUGCUAAAGCUAGAGGUUUCCCAGUCACUUCUGUUGCAUCUUUGUUGGACGAGCCUUUUACCGGCUUAUUGUAUCUAAAAGGGAACGGUAUCACUGAGGAUUUCCAAUCUUUAAAGGGUAAGAGAAUUGGUUAUGUGGGCGAGUUCGGUAAAAUACAGAUUGACGAGUUAACAGCUCAUUACGGCAUGAAGCCCGAAGACUACACGGCUGUGAGAUGUGGUAUGAACGUCGCUAAGUACAUUAUCGAGGGUAAAAUCGACGCAGGUGUUGGUAUUGAAUGUAUGCAGCAAGUGGAGUUAGAGGAGUACUGCAAGGCCCAAGGCAGACCUGUUUCAGAUGCUGCCAUGCUGAGAAUUGACAAGCUAGCUUGUUUAGGAUGUUGCUGUUUCUGUACUAUUCUGUACAUCUGCAACGACAAGUUUUUGGCAGAAAACCCCGAGAAAGUGCGGGCAUUCAUGAAGGCUAUUAAAAAGGCGACUGAUUAUGUAAUUUCACAACCCGCGGAGGCAUGGGAGGAGUACUUGGACUUCAAACCUCAGCUCAGAAACGAACUAUCCUACAGGCAAUAUGAGAGAUCCUUUGCUUACUUCUCAUCAUCGUUGUACAAUGUUCACCGUGACUGGAACAAGGUUACCAACUAUGGUAAGAGACUCGCUAUUUUGCCUUCGGACUACAAGGCUAAUUACACUAAUGAAUACCUCUCAUGGGCAGAGCCUCAAGAGGUAGAAGAUCCGCUAGAAGCUCAAAGACUAAUGGCUAUUCACCAAGAGAAGUGUAGAGACAACGGUGGAUUCAAGAGGUUGGAUGUGCCAUUGAGAACAUGA